UCUAAACCAUCUCAAAUAAUUCUCUCCUCCAAACUUUUAGCAUUUAUUUUUAUCAAACUUCAAAAAUGGGACAUGAACAUGAAACUCGUAAUUUCUCAUCAUCAUCAUACCUUCUUACAAUUAUUCAUCUCUUGCCAUUUUUCAGCGGAGCCUUAGCCAUUAUUCCCAAGCUUAGUAACGAGACAGACAGACAAGCUUUACUACAAUUCAAGGCUAAAAUAACGGACGACCCUCUCGGUAUCAUGAAUUCAUGGAACAGCUCUUCUCAUUUUUGCCAGUGGUACGGUGUUACAUGCGGCAGCAAACACCAGAGAGUGACAGUUUUAGACCUAAGAAACCUAACACUUUCAGGUUCUAUAUCACCGUAUAUCGGCAAUUUAAGCUUUCUUCGAGAAUUAAAUCUCGACAACAAUGGCUUCCGCUCUGAGAUCCCUCCUCAAAUCGGCCAUUUGCGUAGACUGCAAGAAUUGUAUCUUACCAGAAACUUGUUCACCGGUAAAAUUCCUCCAAACUUGUCUUCUUGUUCUAAUCUUGAAUCUCUUUUUUUACAUAGAAACAAGCUUGAAGGAGAAAUCCCAUUAGAGCUCACCUAUUUGACGAAGCUUAGAGUACUCAGUUUAGGAACCAACAAUCUCACAGGAACUCUUUCUCCAUCUCUUGCAAAUCUGUCGUUUCUCGAGCAGUUCAUUGCUUCUCAAAACAAAUUUCAUGGAGUUAUACCUGAAUCUUUCGGAAAUUUGAUGAACUUAAGAAAUUUAGGGCUUGCUCUUAAUCAACUCUCUGGUUUAAUCCCUUCUUCCAUUUUCAAUAUCUCGUUGAUUCAGAAAAUAGAUUUAGGGGCGAAUGAUUUCCAUGGAUUUCUUCCGAUGAGCUUAGUCGACUCUGUUCCGACGAUCAAAUUUCUUUCGGUUGCUUCCAAUCAAUUCAUCGGUUCGAUUCCGACGUCCAUUUCGAACGCUUCAAAUCUAGAACUCCUUCAGCUAGACUCAAAUAGUCUUACUGGAAAUGUCCCUUCUCUUGAAAAGCUGAAUAAACUUGAAGUUCUAGGGUUGAGUCAUAACCAUUUGGGAAGCGGUGAAGCGGGCGAUUUGUCAUUUCUAUUCCACCUGACCAACGCCACCGCCUUAACGAAGCUGUUCAUAUAUGAGAACAACUUCGGCGGAGAGCUCCCGGAAUAUAUAGCCAACUUCUCAAAGAAGCUGGAGAACUUCAACUUUCAAAGAAAUCAAAUUCGCGGAAAGAUUCCGAACGAGAUUGACUCUCUUGUUAACUUAGAAGUUUUCACCGCAUCAGAUAAUUUACUCUCCGGCGAAAUUCCGUCCACCAUCGGAAAGCUAAAGAAUUUAAGAAGUCUUGCUCUGGACAUUAAUAAUUUCAUCGGAAACAUUCCUCCCAGUAUUGGAAACUUGACGAACUUGAUUAGCAUUUAUUUACAAAACAAUAAACUCCAAGGUAUGAUCCCAUCAACUAUUGGAAAUUGCAAAAAUUUGUUAGAGUUGGCUCUUGAUCACAACAAUCUUACCGGUCAUAUACCUCGACAAAUAUUUGAAAUUUCUUCUUUAACACAGGGUCUAUUUUUAUCUUUGAAUCGUUUGAAUGGGUCGCUUGCAGAUGAAGUAAGCAACUUAAAACAAUUAGGAAUGAUAUUUCUAGAAAAUAAUUUAUUAUCCGGUGAGAUUCCUACUGGUCUUGGAAGUUGUAUUAGUCUAGUAACACUUUCAUUGAGUAAUAACUUUUUUCACGGGUCGAUUCCUUCUUCUUUAAGUUCAUUGAGAGGCCUUACGGUUUUAGAUAUUUCUUACAACAAUUUGUCAGGACAGAUUCCACAAUUUUUGGAGGGUUUUACUUUACUACAGUGGUUGAAUCUGUCAUAUAAUGAUUUUGAAGGUAUAGUUCCGACAGAAGGAAUCUUUAAAAAUGGAACUGUAAUAAAUCUACAAGGAAACAAGAAAUUAUGUGGUGGGAUUAGUGAUCUAGGCCUUUCGCCUUGCAAAUCUGAAGAACCGAGAAGCGUAAAAGAGAAAAGAAGAAUAGUAAUUAUAGUUUCAGGAUCAUCUAUAGGUGCAUCGUUACUACUUGCCGCGUGUUUACUUGUUUGGUUGUCGAGAAAAAGAAAAGAAAUUUCUAUAAUAUUAAGCCCUUUUGAGAAUGAGAUGUUAAGGUUGACUUAUCAAAAUCUCCUUAAAGCGACCAAUGAAUUUUCUUCGGAGAAUUUAAUUGGUUCAGGUGGAUUUGGGUCGGUGUAUAAAGGAGUUCUUGAGCAAGACGGACUUAUAAUUGCAGUUAAAGUGCUUAAUCUUAUGCGUCGAGGAGCAUCCAAAUGUUUUCUAGCAGAAUGUGAAGUGUUAAGAAAUGUCAGACAUCGGAAUCUCGUCAAAGUGCUCACUGCUUGUUUUGGUGUUGAUUAUCGCGGCAAUGAUUUUAAAGCUUUGGUUUACGAGUUCAUGGAUAACGGAAAUUUACACGAUUGGUUGCAUCCGACUCAUCCAAGGAGUUUAAGCAUUGAUCAAAGAUUGAAUAUUGCGAUAGAUGUAGCUUCUGCACUAGAGUAUCUCCACUGUCAUUCAGGAACACUACCGAUUGUUCACUGUGAUCUAAAACCAAGUAACAUUCUUCUCGAUAAGGAAAUGACUGCACAUGUAGGGGAUUUUGGGCUGGUCAAGUUUCUUUCCCAACAGAUAUCACAAUAUUCUACUGGUCAAAGCAGCUCUCUUAGAGCAAUAGGAACUAUUGGUUAUUGUCCUCCAGAAUAUGGCUUAGGAACCGAUGCUUCAACAUCAGGUGAUGUAUUUAGUUUUGGCAUACUCUUGUUAGAAAUGUUCACGGGAAAGAGACCAACUGACGACAUAUUUAAAGAUGGACUAAGUCUCCAUAACUUUGUCGAGAGAGCCUUGCCUGAACAAGUAAUUCAAAUUAUAGAUCCCAAUUUGCGACUCAGAGAAGACGCGAAUCAUAUACUCAUUGAGUGCCUGAUCUUAAUAUUUCAAAUUGGAAUCUCUUGUUCUUCUGAAUCACCACAAGAGCGAUUAUAUAUUGAUGACGCUGUUGCUCAAUUAUCUUCUGUCCGGAGAAAUAUUUUGUGUACUCGGCCUCGUUGGGAGAUCGGAGAAGUUGCAAGCACAAGUCAAAUGAUACCAGGUGCUCAAUUGACGAAUUCACAUCAAAUGCUCGAGCGAUGAGAUUGCGAAACAUAUGCUUAGACAAAUGGAGAAGAGAGUGGUGGUAGAUUUGUAUUGUGUUGAGAGAUAUUUCAGCGUUUUGAGGAUCCAGAUCAAUGGGAACCGAUUGUUUAUGA